GGCCACGCGGCUCGGGUUUAUUUACAUGGCGAAGGAGGAGCAGAUUGGGAAGACCUGUCCUCGGUAGUUCAUUGAGGAAAACCAUGUCUUUCUCCUUAUUAUCUAGACAUUUGCAUCGUUCUGUGUCACUAUGUUGGCAGAGAGUACCGGCAGCUGUAGGGACAUUGGAUCCAUUGGUCGCACGGUUACUCAAGGGUCUUCGUGCAGGUCAACGAGCAAGUUUGGCAGAAUCUAUUACACUAGUUGAAACGUCUCAUCCGAAGAAGAAGCUUCAAGCCAGACAGCUCUUGAGUGCAGUAAUGCAGGAUGCCACGGAGACUCAGUACCGAAUAGGCACAAAGGCCCUAAGCUUUCGCCUUGGCUUGUCUGGCCCCCCAGGAGCAGGAAAGUCCACUUUCAUUGAGACCUUUGGAAAGUUCUUAACUGCCCGUGGACAUAAAGUAGCAGUGCUAGCAGUUGAUCCCUCAUCGGUCACAACAGGAGGUUCCCUUUUAGGGGAUAAGACAAGGAUGCAUGAACUUUCCCGUGAUAUGAAUGCUUACAUUAGACCUUCGCCCUCUCGAGGUCACUUAGGUGGUGUGACAAGGUCAACCAAUGAGGCCAUUGUACUUUGUGAAGCAGCUGGGUUUGAUAUAGUGAUUGUAGAAACCAUUGGUGUUGGUCAAAGUGAAUUUUCUGUUGUAGAUAUGGUUGAUCUCUUCACUCUUCUUAUCCCACCUGGAGGGGGAGAUGAGUUACAAGGUCUAAAAAGAGGCAUUAUGGAGAUGAGUGACCUCAUAGUAGUCAACAAAAGUGAUGGGGACCUCGUGCCUGCUGCAAGGCGUAUGCAAUAUGAGUACAUAUCUGCCCUGAAAUUUAUAAGGCCCAAGAACAAAUACUGGAAAACUCCAGUGAAGCGAAUAUCCUCACAGACGGGAGAAGGAGUUCCAGAACUGUGGGAUCUUAUGCAAAAUUAUCGCAUGGCCAUGGAGGAAAGUGGUGAAUAUUUGAGGCGUAGGCAGAAUCAGAGACGGGCUUGGCUGUGGACCCAUCUCAAGGAAAACUUGAUCCAUGUGUUUUUGAACUCCCCUGGAAUGAAGCAGAGUUUAGAAGAAAUUGAAAGAGAAGUUACCAUAGGUGCAGUGUCACCAGGAGAUGCAGCUGAUUAUCUUCUUCAAGAACAUGUUGAUUUGUUGAAACAUGAUGACAGGAAAAUUUUAUAGAGAGGAUUAUAAGAUUUUUUAUUUGGCUUUGUGUAUAAUAUUCAUAUUUAAGGAUAUCACACUUGUUCAUUAAUGGCAGCUGCAACUCAAACUUUUGAAUUGAUAUAUUUUUUAUGACAAAGUGAAUAUUAAGUGAAAUAUAUUUUGGGUUUAAAACGGGUUAAUGAAAAAGGAAGAAUAUCCUUG